GAUGAACACUUGAGUCAUGUAGCGGUGACGGAGGGGAGCGGAGAUUAUCUGGAGGCUAAGGGGUUGGCACAGACUUACGCUGCAGCCAUCCUUCCUGACACAACCCUCCCAGGGAUUUGUGUAGAUGCACUGGAGGUGGCAGAAGGCACACCGACAAACGAGGGUGAUUUAAGAGACAUGUAACAGACAGGUUUGCUGACAUCAGCUGGUUCUGUAAAUGGCUGGAGGGAUGGCAGUUACCAAGCAGGAGACACUUGAAGGAGGCAAAAGUGCAUCUGGAGUCCGGACCGAGCCUGAAGGAGGCUGGGGUUGGAUGAUUGUCGCUGGUUGUUUUCUCGCUACCAUCUGCACCCGAGCAGUAACCAGAUGUGUCUCCAUGUUCUUUGUUGAGUUUCAAAUGCACUUUGGGAAGGAUUACUCCAACACUGCCUGGAUCCACAGCCUGAUAGACUCCACCACUAUGCUUUGUGCUCCUCUGGGCAGUUUUCUUGGGAACCGUCUGUCCUGCAGAGCUACAGUGAUUCUCGGAGGCAUGCUGUCAUCUGCUGGUCUGAUUAUCAGCUCCUUUGCUAACAGCCUGGAGUAUCUUUACAUGUCUCUGGGUGUCCUUACAGGUCUUGGCUUUGCUCUCAGCUACACACCAGCCAUAGCGAUGGUUGGGAAGUACUUCAAUGAGAGGAAAGCUCUGGCCUAUGGCAUCGCUCUGUCUGGCAGUGGCAUUGGGACCUUCCUCCUGGCUCCUGCAGUUCAGCUCCUUAUAGAGUAUUAUUCCUGGAGAGGAGCGCUGCUCAUUCUUGGAGCAUUUGUGUCCAACUUGUGUGUCUGUGGUGCCCUGAUGAGGCCGCUGGAACCAAGAGGAAGUCAAAGGACAUGGGAGAGCAAGCUGACAAAAUUUGGGAAAAACUGCAUGAAGACAGUGCUGGAUUUUAAAGUCCCUGAACAAAUAUCUGCUGAUUGUAUCCAAGUGGACCACAAGCAGCUGGAUGUAAAGAACUUAAAGGGUCCUCAGGGGCUCCUCAUACCGAACGGAACAUUGAAAAACUUUGGACUUGAAAAGGGCAAACUAGGUAACAUAGCAUUUCUUCCAACCCUGGAGCCAUCUGAUCGGAAGUUAAUAGAUCUGAAGAUAGGGAAAUGCUUUUUAUUUAGCAACUCACUAACAGACACAAUGCUAGGCAACAUUGAAUUCUCAGAUCUUAAGCUACCCAACAUGACCGAGGACUUGAAAUUGGUGGAAAGCAUUAGCUUGAGCAAAAACUUGGAAGACAUGGAUGGAAAGAUAGAAGACUCAAAAUUUAAUGAAGCCAGACAAAGUGACAAUAAUCCUUUAGUAAACCCUUCAUCCAGAGGUCAGUGCUUUUGUUUCGAGUCCAGGGAGGAGUUUGGCUUCCUUUUGAUACCCAGCUUCCUGAUUUUGUCCAUGUCAUUCCUGUUUAUGGCGUAUGGUUGCAGCCCUCCAAUAGUUUACCUGGUUCCUUAUGCCCUCAGUUUGGGGGUGCAGCCUCAGCAUGCUGCUUUACUCAUGUCUGUAUUUGGAGUCUGUGGAAUUGUUGGCAAUAUCACCUUUGGAUGGAUCACAGAUAGGGGGUGUGUUAGGAGGUUUCGCAUGCUGAGCUACACGGUGGCGGUGGCCAUGGAAGGCCUCUGCUGUAUGUCCAUGCCUUUCCUUAGCUCCUUCUCCCUUCUCGUGCCUUUUUCCAUACUCUAUGGGUACUUUGAUGGUGCAUAUGUAGCACUAAUACCAGUGGUGACUUCUGACACUGUGGGCUCCACCUAUCUCACCUCAGCUUUGGGUGUGGUUUACUUCCUUCAUGCCAUCCCCUACCUGCUCAGCCCUCCCAUUGGAGGUUGGUUAGUUGAUCGGACGGGAAACUAUGCAGCAACUUUCUUCCUCAGUGGGGCUUCCUUUAUCUUCAGCUCUGCAGUCCUAGCAGCAGCCAUGUUAGUCAGACACUGCCAGAGGUCCAAGUUGAACUCAGCUGCACAUUUAAACCCCAGUCACACGGCCGCUGCAGCUCUGCAGAGCAUCCUAUGACAUGUCAACCUUGAUUCUUAUUCACUGUCUGCACAGAUGAUGUUGCUGCUGGUCUGUGGGUGUACUAAGAUAAUAAUGAUGUGUGACUGGGCUAAAGAUCAAGAAGCGGCCAAGAAGGAAAAAACAUAGAAUUUUAGUUAUUUCACAGUGACAUUUACCUGUUUUUUUUUUUUUGGUUUUUUUUUUAAUGACUGGAUAAAUAUUUUCUAUAGUCAUUAACAGUAUAGUCUACUAAUUGUCUGAAGUAAUUUUGUUUUUUAAAAGAUGAUACUUGAGAAGUGUCUUCCAACAUAAUUUAAAAAUGAAAGUUCCUCAUGUCUCUUUAUUUCAGUUUUUAUAUUGAAGACCCGCUGAAUGUGAAAAUGUAAGCUAAUCCUAAGUGUUGGGUUUUUUUUUUUGUGAUUCUACAACUUCACCUCCAAAAAAUGUUGGCACGCUGUGAAAAAUGUGAAUAAAACAGGAUUGCAUUGACUUGCAACCCACAUUUCAUUCACAAUAGAAAAUAGAAAACAUAUCAAAUGUUUAAAGUGACACAUUUUACUGUUUCAUGAAAAAUAGCUCCUUAUAUUCAAUUUGAAGACACCAAAAAAUUGUGAAGACUUUAAAUAAUUGAUGUCAUAUCUUUUCGUUCUGAGAAUCUGGAAAAAUGUCUGUGCUCAAAGCACAAGGCCACAAACCAGUAUUGGAUGUCUGUUGUCUUUAGGCUCUGAGACAGCACUGCAUUGCAAACAGGCAUGAUUCUGGCAUAGAAAUCACUACGUGGGGUCAGGAAAACUUGCAGAAAUCAUUGUCUGUGAGCACAGUUCACUUUGGCAUCCACAAAUGCAGGUUAAAUUUCAUGAAAAGCGGAGUCCAGAAAAACUGUUGUCAUCUCUGGGUCAAAACUCAUUUAAAAUUCACUUAAGCAAAGGGAAGCCUGUUCUGUGGUCAGAUUCAUCAAAAUUUGAAAUGUAUGUUUUUUUGGAAACCAUGAAUGCUGCAUCCUCUGAACAGAAGAAGACUGGGAACAUCCGGCUAGCUGCCAGCACUCAAUUCAAAAACCAGUCCAGUGUCUAUAUUGGCCAUUUGCAAUAUAGAAAGGCACCAUCAAGCUUGAAAGGUAUGUGCAGAUUUUAGAGCAUAUUGUCCUAUCCAGAUGUUGUUGUUUUUUUUCAGGGAAAUGCAGGUGCUGUUAUUUCACCUCAUUUUUAGGCAGUAUUUUCUGCAUAUUUCAGCAAGACAAUGUUAAACUGCAUACUCAGUUAUGCAGUCACUGCAGUUAUUAGAACAGCAUAGCUUCUCAGUAGAAAAGUCAGGGUGCUGAAUUUCCCUACUUCAAUUCAGCCCUUUUACUGACUAAAAAGAUUUGGAGCAUAAAGAAAUGAAAAAGACUUAUACUUAUAAGAUUUAUACAGCAUCAAAUCACAACAACAGUCACCAAGGCGCUUUAUAUUGUAAGGGAAAUACCUUAGAAUACUACAUUCAGAGAAAAAUGCAUCAAUCAUAUGAUCCCCUAUGAGCAAGCACUUUGGCGACAGUGGGAACGAAAAACUCGCUUUUAACAGGAAGGAACCUCUGGCAGAACCAGGCUCAGGGAGGGGCGGCUGUCUGCUGCGACGGUUGGGGUGACAACACUGCUCUCCUAGAAGUCGAGCAACAGCUCAAUUCACAGACAUUUUUCGAUUAAUGUUAAAACAUGAGGGGAAGCUACACAGUGGUAAGCACAGCCCAGUCUCAACUUACUCAUUGCUGCCAUCAAAAUUAACUUUUUUUUUUUUU